UUUUAUUUUGUUGACUGUAAAUAAUUCGUUUAAACCUGGUGGACGCUGGUGGACGCUGUUUAGCGGCAUCCUGGCUCACUUCUCGCGACUACUCGCGAGAUUCAAUAUGGCUGCGACCAUGGAAACAGAAAGUGCUGCACCCCGUAAUAACCUGGCAAGUGUGAAGCAUGUCAUCCUGGUGUUGUCAGGGAAAGGUGGAGUUGGAAAGAGCACAUUCGCUACACAGCUUGUCCUUGGGCUAAAGCAGGCAGGAAAGAAGGUAGGGAUCCUUGAUGUUGACCUUUGUGGCCCAAGUAUACCACGGAUGUUCAAUGUUGAAAACCAGGAUGUUCACCAGUGUCCAGAUGGCUGGGUUCCAGUGUUUGCCGAUAAGGACCAACAGGUUGGUGUCAUGUCUAUAGGAUUCCUCUUAUCAUCAAAAGAUGAAGCUGUUAUUUGGAGGGGACCAAAGAAGAAUGCCAUGAUCAAACAAUUCAUAGAAGAUGUCUAUUGGAGAGAUCUCGACUACUUAGUUAUCGACACUCCUCCAGGAACGUCCGAUGAACAUAUCACUGUGGUGGAAAAUAUCAAAAAGUGUAAUCCAGAUGGUGCUAUUCUUGUCACAACACCUCAGGCAGUGGCAGUUGGUGACGUGAGAAGAGAACUAACAUUCUGUAAGAAGACUCGAAUACCUGUGAUUGGCAUUGUGGAGAAUAUGAGUGGCUUUGUUUGUUCCCACUGUUCAGAAUGUACGAAUGUGUUCUCAAAGGGCGGUGGCGAACUGUUAGCUGAGCAAGGAAAAGUGCCUUUCUUAGGAUGCAUCCCCCUUGAUCCACAGCUUACACAGAGUCUGGAGGAUGGAAAAAGUUUCAUCGACCUCUUUCCUCAGUCUUCCACACGACAAGCAAUCGUGGACAUUGUGGAGAAAAUUCUCCAAAGAUAACCUCAUGAAGUUUCUCGGAUUUAUUGAACACUCAUUUGUAGGACGACUGUCAGAGACAUGACUGGCCUGGCUGCGACUGUCUCAUCUCUCUCACCAUGUUGGCAUCACGGUGGAGCAGCCAGGACUGAUUCUCUAUUAUAUUUGAUAUGUGGCGAGGAGACGGGGAAACAAACAAAAGACGCUUGAACAAUACAUUAGAUAG